AUGGGCGAGCAGGUUCAGGACCAGGUUAAACCUGUAGAAUCUGUCAAGAGACCGGCAGAAGUCGAGCUAUCACAAGAAGCUGUCACAACAACAGCACAACCAGUUUCGGCGGUCACAACUGCCACCCAAGGCGAAAAGCGGGAAAGCAAUGGCGCGAUAGGCAAUGAUGCCCAGGUAGCUCCUGAAGUUUCGGGAGAACCUGCCGCAAAACGGGUGAAGCUCGACGAACCUGAGACGGCCGUCCCUAAGACCGAUUCGCGGGACAAGGUAAAAGGAAUAGCAUUGGUGAAAGCUGAAUAUCUCAUCGACACAUACAGGCGCGGCCCGGCGAAACCAGCUACAGAUACAAUUAUCGACGACGAUGCUGCAGAGGCAAGACUUCCAACCGAUUCACGGGAUAAAUCAGGCGGUGGUAAAAAGAAGAAGAAAGAAAAGGGCCAGAACAAAAAUCGUGAAUUCGGAUCCUGGUACGACAGUAUCAGAUUAUGCAAUACACUAGCCAACAGCCCUGAAUUUUCGCCGAAGGAGUGCAGAUUUGGGGACAAAUGCUCCUGCACACAUGACCUGAGGAAAUAUCUUAAAGAGGGAAAGAGGGAAGACUUGACCACCUUCAAUGGAAAAUGCCCGGUGUGGGAAGUCAAUGGCAAGUGUCACGCUGGAUGGAAAUGCCGAUUCGUAUCAAGUCACUCCAAAGAAAUUGAGAGAGAAGACGGCCGGAAAGAAUUGGUCCUGGUUGAGAGGGACGAUGUGGCACCUGGGAAUCAGGACGACAACGAAAACCGCGUAGGGGUCGUCAAUAUUGUUUCAACAGAGGCGAAAGUGGACCUGUCAAGAAAAAGAACGAAGACGGAAAAGGCAGAUAAAUACUGUGAUUGGCUGGAGAAGGAGACAAAAGAAUUGGAAAAGAUCUACCAAGCAAAAAAGGAAGAGAUAGAGGAGCAACGAGAACAACACAGGGCUAGUUAUACAGAGGCUCCUUUUCUCGCGUCGGAGAAACGGAGGAUAUACUUCGGUCCGGAGACGCCAGUCCUCGCUCCGUUGACAACACAAGGAAACCUACCCUUUCGACGAAUGUGCGUGGAGCUUGGAGCACAAUUGACUUAUUCCGAGAUGGCGAUGACGAUCCCCUUGAUUCAAGGCCAGAAAUCCGAAUGGGCGUUGAUGAAAGCCCACGAGAGUGAGAUUACACCGCCGAAGUACACGCCUACCUCUAUCGUCCAAGGUUAUGAUAACUCCAAGGACCUGAAGUUUGGCACGCAGGUCUCAGCUGCUAAGCCAUGGCAAGCACUCAAGGCAGCAGAAGUUCUGAGCAACAUGUUACCGCAUCUCCGAGUCAUCGACUUGAACUGUGGAUGCCCAAUUGAAUUGGUCUAUCGAUCAGGUGCAGGCUCUUCGUUACUUGACGCUCCAUCAAAAUUGGAGAAAAUGAUCCGUGGGAUGAGUGCCGUCUCUGGAGAAAUACCAAUCACCGCAAAAAUCCGGAUGGGAACGAAAGAUAACAAACCCACUGCGCAGAAAACAAUCGAACGUCUUGCCUUUGGCGGCUACGAAUCGCGGGAGAGGCUUGGUGCUCCCGGCUGUGCUGCAAUUACGCUUCACGGCAGAAGUAGACAGCAGCGGUAUACAAAGAGUGCCGAUUGGACAUAUAUCGCAGAGUGCGCAGCCUUGGUCAAAUCGUACAAUAGAAAGAAAGACGAAUUAGCUGACACCGUACGGGAACCCGAUGCGCGCACGCUCCCAAAUUCCCCAGACGGCAAGCUAUACUUCAUUGGUAAUGGAGAUUGCUACUCUCACGUUCAAUAUCUUGACCACGUGCAGAACGGAGGAGUUGACACCGUCAUGCUUGCUCGUGGAGCUCUCAUUAAACCCUGGCUAUUCGAGGAGAUUGAAAAAGGGCAAUACCUCGACAAGUCAGCCUCGGAACGCCUUGGGUAUGUCGAGAAGUUCGUCCGCUACGGACUCGAAGCAUGGGGCUCGGAUGAAGUAGGAGUCGGGCAAACGCGGAGGUUCCUCCUCGAGUGGCUAAGCUUUGCUCAUCGAUAUGUUCCCAUUGGGCUCCUGGAGCAUUUGCCACCAAAUCUGCAAGACAGGCCGCCUGCGUAUAGGGGCAGGAAUGAUCUAGAGACUAUGCUGGCGAGCGAUAAUUAUCUGGACUGGAUCAAGAUCAGUUCUCUCACUGCUGAAAGCUGUCGUAAAUUCAGUGGCGAUCCUUUCCUAGAAGGCCUCGUUCUUUCCCUCCUCUCUUGUCGAGUACUUGUCGAGUAA